AUGCAGGAGAGUGGCGUGGGUGUCCACCAGCUGUUGCUUUCUGCAGCCCCCCCACUCCGGACUGUAAACCCCGGAAACCGGGAUGCAGACAGGUCGGCCACGGAGCUCAGAAUCCAGGUUUGCUGGGCCCAAACCGCAGGGCAAUUUAGUGUCGAUGACUGCCAGUUACGUGUAAGGUUUCUUGAAAGCUCACGAAGCUCCCACGCGAGUCCGCAGAGACGACGGCGUGACGUCACCACACCUGGCACCCCGCUGGCAGGGAGGGGCGGGGUCGUUGACUAUAUUGUGGAAUAUGACUAUGAUGCUGUACAUGAUGAUGAAUUAACUAUUCGAGUUGGAGAAAUCAUCAGGAAUGUGAAAAAACUGCAAGAAGAAGGAUGGCUGGAAGGAGAACUAAAUGGGAGAAGAGGAAUGUUCCCUGAUAAUUUUGUUAAGGAAAUUAAACGAGAAACAGACUCUAAGGAUGACAAUUUGCCCAUCAAACGGGAAAGGCAUGGAAAUGUAGCAAGUCUUGUACAACGAAUAAGCACCUAUGGCCUUCCAGCUGGAGGAAUUCAGCCUCAUCCACAAACCAAAAACAUGAAGAAGAAGACCAAAAAACGUCAGUGUAAAGUUCUCUAUGAGUACAGUCCACAGAAUGAGGAUGAGCUGGAGCUGAAGGUGGGAGAUAUCAUUGAUAUUAAUGAAGAGGUGGAAGAAGGCUGGUGGAAUGGAACCCUGAACCACAAGGCGGGACUGUUUCCCUCAAACUUCGUGAAGGAGCUGGAGGGCACAGAUGAUGGAGAUGCUCUGGAAGCCCAAGACGAGCCAGAUUGUGCUGUGACUGCACCGACCUCACCCUUACCUUCGCCUGGGAAUGGUGGUGAGACUGCACCAGGGACAGUUACGCAGCCGAAGAAAAUUCGAGGAAUUGGGUUUGGAGAUAUUUUCAAAGAUGGGUCUUUGAAACUUAGGACAAGAACAUCCAGUAGUGAAACAGAAGAGAAAAAACCAGAAAAGCCCUUAAUCAUACAAUCUCUAGGACCCAAAACCCAGAAUAUGGAGAUAACAAAAACAGACACGGAAGGUAAAAUUAAAGCUAAGGAAUAUUGUAGAACAUUAUUUGCCUAUGAAGGUUCUAAUGAAGAUGAACUUACUUUUAAAGAAGGCGAGAUAAUUCGUUUGAUAAGUAAGGAGACUGGAGAGUCCGGCUGGUGGAAGGGGGAACUGAAUGGGAAGGAAGGAGUGUUUCCAGACAACUUUGCUAUUCAGAUCAGUGACCUGGAUAAGGACUUUCCUAAACCAAAGAAACCACCACCUCCUACCAAAGGUCCAGCUCCAAAGCCUGACAUGUUAGCUGCAGAAAAGAAGCUUUUUCCUAUAAAACCUGAAGAAAAAGAUGAAAAAUCACUGCUGGAACAGAAACCUAAACCAGCUGCUCCACAAGUCCCCCCCAAGAAGCCUACUCCACCCACCAAAGCCAACAGUUUGUUGAGAUCUUCUGGUACAGUUUUCCCAAAGCGGCCUGAAAAACCAGUUCCUCCACCACCUCCUACAGCCAAAAUUAAUGGAGAAAUUUCUACAAUUUCAUCGAAAUUUGAAGCUGAGUCAGUAUCAAAACCAAAGGUAGAUUCUGAGCAGUUGCCAGUUAGACCAAAAUCAGUAGACCUCGAUUCAUUUAUAGCAAGAAGCUCUAAAGAAACAGAUGUUGUAAAUUUUGAUGACAUAGCCUCCUCAGAGAACUUGUUACAUCUCACUGCAAACAGACCGAAGAUGCCUGGACGCAGGCUGCCGGGCCGCUUCAAUGGUGGACAUUCUCCACCUCACAGCCUAGAAAAAACCUUGAAGUUACCAAAAGACGAUGAUAGUGCCAACCUAAAGCCAUCCGAAUUCAAAAAGGACAUGUGCUUCUCUUCAAAGCCCUCUGUGCACCUUUCAACACCUUCAAAUGCUUCUCAAGCCAGUUCAGCUGGUUUCCUCACUCCAUUAGAAAUCAAAGCUAAAGUGGAAACAGAUGAUGGGAAAAAAAAUUCUGUGGAUGAACUUCGAGCUCAGAUUAUUGAAUUGAUGUGCAUUGUUGAAGCACUGAGAAAGGAUCAUGGGAAAGAACUGGAAAAACUGAGAAAAGAUUUGGAAGAAGAGAAGGCACUGAGAAGCAAUCUAGAGGUGGAAAUAGAGAAGCUAAAAAAGGCUGUCUUAUCUUCUUGAGGUGGCAUCGACCCAGUGUGUUAAUGCUCGAAGGAAGGAUUCAGAGGCAACACUAUGACUUGGACUUUAAAACAACUGACUGCGACUUUAAAACAUCAAAUGCUGGUGUUGUGAUAUAGAAAUACAAGUAUAUGAACUAUAAUGUCUAUUGAAAAGUUAAGGGGAGGGUAAAAUUUUUAUAUAUAUAUAUUUUGUUUUGCCAAUAUGAAAUGAAAAGAGGCCUUAUUUCUUACUGUGCUGGGAUUGCAAACAUUUUUGUUUGUUUGCUUGAAAAUACUACUGAGUCUGUAUAAAAAGGAAAGAAAAUUCAUAAUAGUUUUUUAUUGAAACGUGUAUUAUUUUUAAAGAGAUCUAUACUAUAAAUAUGGUGAUAUCUUUCCAAAUAAUCUGUAAGAUAAACUAUUUGAGAGGGGGGACAAAUUAGCUUUAUAGUAACUAUAAUCACUACUUUCCCCAUAAUACAUAAGGGAUAUAAACUAUGUGUGUACAUAUAUACAUAUAUACAUAUAUAUAUAUUUUUACUUUAAGCUUCUUAUCCAGGAUGACACUGUUGUGCCCAUUUGUCUGCAGUGCUGUUUAUAUUUUGGGUGAUGAAAUCGGAGUUUCCUAGUUAUAAACUAGAUUACUCACCCAAGCAUAUCAUAAUAACUAAUGAAAUAAUUUAAAAAUUUCAACUUUUAAAGUAUUUUCUAUUGCUGCACUAUAGGAUUCAUAAAAGGAGUUUGAUUAAAUGUAUUGGGUUGUUCGACAUAUUUGGGAAAAUGAUGAGCUUUAUUUUAAAUUCAUUAGAUCUAAGGAGUCUAAAAAUGUCCAUUUAACCCUUUACUUGUACGUAGAAACUGCGGCACAUAAGGAAUGUGCAGACACAGCCUCCUUGCUGUACUUUUCCGCUUCCCUUGCAGUCUCACACAGUGCUCAUCUCACUGUCUGGUGGUGUAGUUCUUCUUCGCUCCUUCCUGUUGCUUUUCCUGGUUCUUCAUAAUGGCCAUGUUAGGAAACAACCCCCCCCCCCAGCUCCUCACAGCCUCACGGUGAGGUUUCCUGGUGGGCACUUGUCACCAUGUGAAUACUCAGGUUUUUACCGUGUGUAAUGUAUCUAGUACCCACACUGACUCUUGGAGAGAUGUUGGACUGUAAUUUAGGUAAAAACUUUAGAAAAAGGGUUAGGUGUCAUUACAGUUUACUUAAAACAAAUACACUUGACUGUAUUAAAAAGACAUCUUCACAGGUGUAUUUAAUGAAUUUCCAGUUUCUUCAGAGUCACCCAUGAACAGUUGAACAUAUUAAAAUGUAUUGGUGGGUGCUAUGUCUAAAACAUGAGUUUAUUACAAAUUCAAAAAUUUGAAAUUUCAUUAUCUACAGAACAGUUAAAUUUUAAGAAAUGUAUAGCAGGAGUGUCAGGGUUUGAGUACCGGUUAUCAUGCUUCCAGCUUUUGUUUUAAGCUACUAAACAAAUAUUUCUCCUUUAUGUUUUACUCUCAAAACACAGGAAUUUUGUGUAAAUGAAAUUUUGUCAUGUUUCAAAUAAAAGACAGUUAAAAUAGAAAAUAAUGGAAAUGCCCAUACCCAAUUACUCUCUGUAUAUAUUCCCAACUUUUGGGGCUUUGGGGGAAAGCUAAUUGUGCUUUGAAUAUGUACGUUUUAACUAUUUAUAGCUUGGGGACUUCUCCAGUGAGAUCACUACUGAAUAAAAUUACUCUCUUCUGUUUUAUUUUUAAA